AUGCGCUUAGCCGUAGGUGGACCAAAGAGGAAGAUAGUUUAUUCAAUUGUUCGUUUGAGCAAACAAUCACAACCGUCCCGGAAAACAAAUAUCUUAAAAUACGACCUAAGGUUAAGAGACGUAAAUGGACAAAUCAAAUGGAAAAUCAUAAAUGCCAAUUGGGAUCAAAAGGAACUCAAAAAGUUGGAAGAGAAUAUCGAAAAAUAUGGAGAGGAUUGGAAACAAGUCGUCAAAGGUCUACCUGGUAAGACGUGUCAACAGGUCAGGGCAGAAAAACGAAAAAUUGACAUCAGAACCAAUCAAUCACGUCAUGUAACCGUUGGUAUAUCACUCAGCAUGGCUUCAAUAGUCAAUUGGAGUCAAGAGAAGAUCAAAAAGUUGAAAAAAACAUUGAAAGACAUGGAAACAAGUCGUCAAAGACCUACCUGGUAA